CGGCGGCGGCCAUGGCGUUCACGCUGUACUCGCUGCUGCAGGCCGCGCUGCUCUUCGUCAACGCCAUGGCCGUGCUGCACGAGGAGCGCUUCCUGCGGCACGUUGGCUGGGGAAGCGAUCAAGGGAUCGGAGGAUUUGGAGAAGAACCGGGAAUUAAAGCGCAGCUGAUGAACCUUAUUCGAUCUGUGCGAACUGUUAUGAGAGUGCCACUAAUAGCAGUGAACUCUGUUACAAUUGUGCUACUCCUGUUGUUCGGCUGAACAUGACCUGUUGCUUGUGGACAUCCAAAGAGGAAAGCUGCCAACCCAGCACUGCUUUGAGUUUUCUGGGAUCCAACGUGGUUUAGCUGUCAGUUUGACAUCAGCUUACAAUAAUAAAGACACUAUUUCUAUUUAUCCUACUUCCUAAUGUUCCCUUGCGGUUUCAUUAAACAAGAGAAUGGGAUCAGUGCAACAACGCUGUAAAUAUAUUGGACUCCGACAAGUUCUCCUGCAGCCUGUUAAUAGCAUUGACUGUUACAAUAUUCCUUGUAACAUAUUGCAAUGAUUGUCCAUAGGAUGCGGUUUUUAACUGUCGCUCAGGGAUGGAUUUCCUUCAGUACACUCCCAAUAUAUUUUUAAGUUGAAAAAAAAAAUCCAGUGUUUGUCAUUUCCUAGUUUAUACCGCGGUACUAUUUAAUAGAUAUGAAUUUGGUUCUAGAAAUACUAUAAACUAUUGAAAAUACUGUUGUGGUUUUGAGAAAGCUAAAGCUAGAUUGGGGUGGGAGGACUAUUUCGGGUUAAAUUAUAAGUGGAAUUUUGCUGGCUACGUUGAGGCCAGGCUUUUUCUCUUGGUGCUUGAUAGCUUUCUCAUAUCAAUGGUGUUUGAUGCUUAUGGUAAAAUAGGCUGAAAAUAGGUGYGAUAGCUAUGCAAAAUCUCAAAGAGCUGUACCUAAAUGCAGGCAACUCAGUGUUAAUUUAGACUAGCAAAUGAUCUUAGUAACUAGCAUUUGUUACUAUUCCUCCAAGGAUUAUUAUUACUUUUUCUAAGCACAUAUUGAACUUUUGUGUAGCACUUUGUGUGUUGGAAGUGGGGAACCAUUUGUAUUCUGAGCUUUUGGGGCAACCUGGGCGAACAUCGYGCCAUUUUCACACGCAGUUCUUUUUGCAAACAGCAAAUUUUGCAACCUCCAUCCUGCCUCUCCAUCUUCCUUAAAGUAAGGAGUUUCUGAAGAUCCCUGGGUUUGAACUUGCAGAUCCUSCAUGGACAGCCUGCUUUGAUACAGAUGAUUCAGCGGAGGCUGCUGGGUCAGGUCUGAUGUUUAUAGCAACCCUCAAUGCAAGAAAGUGGAUCCUCCUAUACC